AUUUAAAAGGGAUAUGGACACGGUGAGGAGGCAGGCACGCAGAAAGGGAAAGCAGAGCCAGAGAAACGACUGUAAAUCAUCAUGAAGCUGCAGACUGCCCUUCUGUUGGUUUGUCUCUUCAGGACAAGCUUUGCUCUUCCAGUACAGAUUGGAAUUAUUGCAAGCAACAGCAAUGAGAUCCUAAGACUGAAUGGACUAACUCUUGCAACUCUUGGACAAACACAGGCUUCUUCAAUUUUACCCCAGUACGUGCUGCAGCAGCAACAGCCUGAAGUGCUCCUCACUCCACAUGUGGUGAACUUGAACCCCCAAGUGGCUGGCCCCUUCGGUCCCCAGGGGCCUCAGAUGUUCCUCCCCAAUCAAGGCAACCAGCUCACACCUGUGCUUGUCCCCAAUGGCCAGCAAGAGCAGUUUGGACCUCCACAGGAUCCCAAUGCUCCCAAUGUCCCGCAGCAGGCCCAAAACCCUGCCCAGAUGUUUCCACCUUUCCAGUACCCAUCUUAUGGAUUCCCUCAGUUUCCCAGACAGCAGGGCUUCCCUUACUUUGUGCCUCAUUACGGCUACCCCCAGCAGAGGAACACUGUGAUGCUGCAGCCAAACAACGGUCAGCAGAAGCUGGAGAGGACCACACAGAGACCACAGCUCCCUCUGCAGCAAGCUUCCCAGCCUAAGGUGCAGACAGAAAGAACAUGGCCGCUUGGAACACAGAAAGAGUCGACUACAAUUCCCCCUGAUCCUCGUGGUGAUACAUCCGGCCCAGGAGUUGAUGAGGGUCACUCCAACUUCCCCUUCCUGUUCGAGCCUUAGAUUUCACCCAGAAUGACAACGAGGGGAUCAGUCAAAAAUGCAUUGGUGAUUGUUUGGCCACAUCACUCAUUGCUCUGCAACAUGCACCGGCCAUCCUUCCAAAUUCAGUUUAUUUGUACUCAGUUCUUUUUUUAUAUUACACUAAAACAGUUUUGCUUGUUUUAGCAA